AUGAGAACGGGUCUGGGGCUCGAGUGGGGGGCGGCCAGCCCCGGAGUUUGCCUUCCAGCUGCCCCGCCGUUUAACGAACAAAGUUAUCCGAGGGCGGCUGUCGGGCCGGAGGUGCUGGGCUGUGCUGGGAGCGGGCUGAGCGCCAGCCGGUCUACGACAGAGCUCCGCAAAGAGAAGUCGCGGGACGCGGCGCGAUGCCGGCGGAGCAAGGAGACGGAAGUGUUCUACCAGCUGGCCCACACCCUGCCCUUCGCCCGGGGGGUCAGCGCCCACCUGGACAAGGCCUCCAUCAUGCGCCUCACCAUCAGUUACCUGCGGAUGCACAAACUCAUCACCUCGGAGGAGUGGCGCGGGCAGCCGGAGCAGGUGGACGCCUGUUACCUGAAGGCGCUGGACGGUUUCGUCAUGGUGCUGACGGAGGAGGGCGACAUGGCAUACCUGUCGGAGAAUGUCAGCAAGCACCUGGGGCUGACACAGCUGGAGCUGAUUGGACACAGCAUCUUCGAUUUCAUCCACCCUUGUGACCAGGAGGAGCUACAGGAUGUGCUGAGCCCCCGGCAGGGCUUCUCUAAGAAGAAGGAGGUGAAGACCGAGCGCAGCUUCUCCCUGCGCAUGAAGAGCACAUUGACCAGCAGGGGGCGCACUGUCAACCUCAAGUCGGCCACCUGGAAGGUGCUGCAUUGUGCCGGCCACAUGCGGUCCUACACGCCUGCGCGGGAGGGCCCGGAGGAGGCGGAGGGGGGGUAUGCGGAGCCCCCCCUGCGCUGCCUGGUGCUGAUCUGCGAGGCCAUCCCCCAUCCUGCCAACAUCGAGACCCCCCUGGACAGCAGCACCUUCCUCAGCCAGCACAGCAUGGACAUGAAAUUCACUUACUGUGAUGAGAGGAUCGCGGAGGUGGCGGGGUACACGCCCGACGAGCUGCUGGGCUGCUCCAUCUAUGAGUACAUCCACGCCCUGGACUCCGACGCCGUCAGCAAGAGCGUCCACACCCUGCUGAGCAAAGGGCAGGCGGUGACGGGCCAGUACCGUUUCCUGGCCAAGAGCGGGGGCUACCUGUGGGCCCAGACCCAGGCCACGGUUAUCUCCAACAGCAAGAACUCCCAGCCCGAGAGCGUCGUCUGCGUCCACUUCAUCCUCAGCCAGGUGGAGGAGACGGGCGUGGUUCUGUCGCUGGAGCAGACCGAACGCCAGGGUGAGGGGCGGCGCCUGCCCCCGGAGCCUGCCCCUGCCCACCAGGCCAACGGGAGCCCUGAGGAACUGGAGCCAGACACCGGGGAGACCAUCCUCAACCUCAGCUUCGAGCGGCGCGGCCCCCGGCUCCUGGCCUUCCUGCGCCCGGCCCACGUGAGCGAGGUGGAGCUGCAGCGCGACCCGCGCCGGUUCUGCAGCCCCGACCUGCAGCGGCUGCUGGGGCCCAUCUUCGACCCGCCCGGAGCCCGCGCCAACGGGGAGGGGGCCCCGCGGGCACGGUCCUCCCCCCGCCCCCCCGAGGCCGGCCUGCCACCCCAGGACUCUGCCAAGAGCGCCGCCCAGGCCGAGCUGCUCUUUGACAUGGAGAACGUGCAGAAGCUCUUCGCCUCCACCCAGGAGGCCGUGGAGACGGCGCUGCAGGAUUACGAAGCGCUCGACCUGGAGAUGCUGGCUCCAUACAUCUCGAUGGACGACGAUUUCCAGCUCAGCAGUACCGACCAGCCCCCCUGGCUGGCCGAGAAGCGAGGUGAUCCUGCUGCAGCCAGGGGAACAGGCCCCCCGCCGCCACCUGCCUCGCCCCCACCGCGUCCUCGCUCCAGCAGCUUCCAUGGGGUGUCUGCCCGCGAACCCGACCUGCCCUGCCUGCCCCGCUGGGGCAGUGAGACCAGCCUGAGCCAGCCCCGGUCCCUCCAGCCCCCAGAGGAGGAGCCCAUGGAGCUGGAAGGGCCUGGGUCACCACCGACAGCGCCCCCAGGAGGCAACCGCAGGGAUCACCCAGCCUCACACCUGGGGGCUAGGAAGAGGGCCUUGGAGCUGAACCUGGAGGAGGAAGGGGCCGACUUCCUGGAGGCGGCGCCCCUGAAGCGCGCCCAUGGCUCCGAGCCCGACGGCUUCCUGCUGCCCUCCCUCAACCUGGGUUUCCUGCUGAGUGUGGAGGAGGGGCUGGACGCCGGGGUUCCCCGGGGCGGCAUGGUGCUAGGGCGGAAGCUGCUGGCCCUGGAGGAACCAAUGGCCCUACUGGGUGACAUGCUGCCCUUCGUGGUGGAUGGUCCAGCGCUCUCCCAGCUGGCUCUAUACGACGGUGAGGAUGAGGCCUUGGAGCAGAGUGGCGGGCACUUCCAGCCGGGCGAGGAGCUCCUGGGGGAGCUGGACCAGGCCACCUGA